AUGGGCCAGAAUCUUUCGGAUGAGCAUCCGCAGCGGCGGUCGCAUGAAGAGCUAACUCAGCAACUUACGGAAAAGUUUAUGAAGAAAUGUUUCACCUCUCUUGAACUAUACUCACUCAGAGAUGUUUUCAAGAGCCUUGCCGACCAGCAGGACUCCAUCAAAUAUCUGAAAGAGGACACUAUCGCCCGGUACCUGGAAAUACCAGACAUUCUCGGCACCUCGCCAGUCAUUUUCCAAAUGGUAUCCUAUAUCGGUGCUUUUCCAUUUCUUCAAGACGCGCCUGCAGUCCUGGAGUUUCAGCGGAUGAUUAUGGUGGUUGUCAUCAUGACUGAGCGCUACAAAACCGUAUUGGCGCGGGGCUCUUCAGAUAGGACCAAACUACUGUUCAAGAGCUUGGCUGUCUAUGAUCGUAAGAUGUCAGAAGCAGGAGCCCAUCCAAACACGUCACACAUCGAGUCCAAAGACGAUCAAAUGAAGGCCAUGUCCGGUGUGGCUGGUUUUGCGGUUGAUGCAGCUGGGGACGAAGAUGAGGACGGUGAGGACGACGACCUCGUAUUGACAGCUUUUGAAUUGCUCGAUAUCAAGGAUGCCGUGGACCAGGGCCAUGCACCAGUCUUUCAUGGCGCUACCAUCCCAACUGACAAUUUCCGAAAACUUGUCAUGCUGCUUCUCCUUGCCGCCCCGCUUGAUCCUCAAGAAAGCCUCUCAAUGUAUUCAAGCCGUGUUGUUGGACAAGAACUCGAGGGCCUCCGUGGCGCCGCUGAAAGCAUUCUUGCCUCCUUUGUUAAUGCCGAGACCUCAACUGGAAUUAAGUACAACCACUUCAGAACCAUCAUACCUGUGAUUUGCCCUCAUAUUUUUCGUGGAUUCAAUGGUCUUUUUGAGCGCUUUCUUUUCUCGCAAAAUCUAGAUUUCUCCAAACAUCAAAAUGAUACCCCAGCUACUACUUCAUCUCAAAAAGUAGCACAGCCUCUAUUGACCGACAUGGGCGAGAUACUUAACCAGAACACUUUGUCCCAGAUCUCGCUCUUCCUUCCUGGGACAGAUCUCUUCUGGCGAGUGAGGCUCCUGUACUCGGGUAAUGAUGCUGGUUUCUCUAUGGGAAGUUUCCAGACCAAAGUUUUCAACUGGCAAGCUCCAACACUGCUCCUGGUGAGCGGAACACGGCUGGGAGAUGAGCCGGAGGGUGGUCAAGAAAGCAGUUUCGCGGCAUCCUUACCUCCGAAGCGGUUCCCUCAUGGUAGCAGAUCGGAUCGGCUCACUUUUGGUGUCUACGUUCGUGAACCUUGGAAACACACCCACCGGGAAUGCUUCGGCGAUUCAGAAACAACACUAUUUCAACUUGAACCAAUUCAUGAUGUCUUCCGGGCAUCGACUAUCAACAAAGACUACGUUACUUUCACAAAAGCACCAGCGCACCAUCCCAUGAUGUCGUUCGGUUGCCCUCAUCCACACCCAUCUCAAGCUCACAGAGGGGCCGACAUGUUACGCCUAGGCCCUGUAUCAUUAUUACUUGACGACUCGUUCGAGUUUGCAGUCUUCAACCACGAUUUUACCUCUCGAGGAGGUGCAUUUCACUCGAGUGUGGUGAGAAAGUAUGAUUUCCAGGACCGAUUCCAGAUCGAGAGUCUCGAAGUUUGGGGUUGUGGUGGUGAUAAAGAAGCCCAAGCCCAAGCCGAGAAAUGGGCUUGGGAGGAACGAGAGGCUGAAGCUCGCCGCAAGAUUAAUCUUGGAAAUGGAGAUAUCGAGGCUGACCGGGCGUUGCUUGAGAUGGCGGGGUUAAUUGGAGGAAACCGAAGUGGAGGAUCUAUGACAUGA